AAUAAAUUUAAUUACAGCCUUUAUUAGUUUAUCACAUUUGGUAUGGCUUAUCGUUUAAAAAGUAAAUAAUAAAAAUUUUUAAGCAAAAUGAGUUUAAGUAUCCUGAAAAUCUUUUCACUUUUUUCAUAGUACAUUUAUUUCCAUUUAUUACUUUUUUUUGUUGUAUAUUGGUAAUUAUAGUUCAAUGAUAACACAGUCUUACGUUGCGAUCAUUUAAAUCUACAUAUUUCUUUUGGACAUGAAUCACUGUAUUCAUUAUGCCUAGCUAGUCAGCUUGUUUACAGUUUCAAACAAAAAUAUAAUCACUUACUAAUGGAAUCUGAAACAGUGUCUAAUUGUGGUAAUAAAGCGAUUACUCAUUACCCUAGAAAGCUAGGAAUUAAUAUCGAAGAUUUGCUAAUGAAUGUUGUAAAUCUUUAAUUAAAAAUUUAUUAUACCCUGAUUGAAAUAUUUCAAAAUAAACCUAAUUGAUUGAAAAAUAUUCAAGACGACAUUUUUUAAAGCAGUAUCAUUUAAAAUAAUUUAUAAAAAAAAAAUUAAAUAAUAUUUUUUCAACUUGAAUAUUAUAUUUCUGUUUUGUCUACAGAGCAAUUUAAAAGAACCACCUUGUUGCCCAAUAUAAUUUUACGUAAACUUCGGUAUUUCUGUAACUUUAAACAUGUUUCGAAAGAUGUUUAAAUACCAAAAUGAAAAAAAUAAUAUAAAACAAAGGCGCAAUGUAAAUUUGUAAAAACAUGUUGAUUAAAUACCAUUUAAUGAUUUCUACAGAAAUAUUAAGAGAUGACUACCUAAAAAUAUCUCUUAACAUUUUACACGAUAUUAUCAACUAAGGAAACGUUUGAUAACUUCUAAGAAUGUGACUACCAAUUAUUUUUUCAUUAAUUAGCCAUUUAGCUGUAACCUCUUCCCACUAUAUCUCUCGACUCAAUGCAACUUCAAUUGCAAAUCUAGAAUCAAGUUCUAAAGCAAUUAAAAGAGAUGUCCAUAAUUUGUUUCUUGUUUCAAAAAACAGUAUAUAAGUCACACAAAAUUUGCAUAUAAAAAUGCAAAUUAAUAACAUUAGAAAAUUACCCAAUCAACUGUUCCAAUUUUAAUUAACACCAUUGAUAAUAAUUAAACAAAUAAAAUAUAUUUUACUCGAAUUAUUAAAUCAUCGCUUCUAAUUAAAAAAAAAGAAAUUAUAGCCGAUGAUAAACUUAUCUCAUUUUUAGAAUAUUCAAAUAUGAGUAUUGGUAUUCGUUAUAUGUAUGUUCGUGGAACUAUUUGAGAGAACCGGUUUCAAUUUAUAGAAAAUCUGAUUCUGAACAAAGUCUGUACCACGAUGAAACACAAUUACCGGCCGUGAUGGAUUUGAACAAGGACGCUGGGUUUCAGGCCUCGUGAAUGUAUCUAGAUUUUACGGAACAUCUUAAAGACACGUCGGAUCCGCGAAAAGACUCACAUUCGAGCGGACUUUUGUAUCGCGUGGAGUUUCAGCUCCGUGUUUCAUUUCUCGAUCGACUCGUAUAAGAUCGGCGAGACAGCUUUCUCUUUAUUAAUUGUGAAAAGUGUUCGAAUGGAUCCCGGUGAAUCUUACUUUUCCUGUCAGACGUGUCAGUGAACCUCUGUGAACAAUUUAUUCAUUCCCUGUUGGUGAAAGAUUGAUAAUUAUUGAUUAACGGUGAUGUCAUGGACUGAAAGACGCGUUGUAGAUUGACAUUAGUGAGAAUUUAUAAUACUUGUUUGAAUUAAAAAUAACCAGAGCUUAAGAAUAUUUCAUUUUGUGCUGAGAAUUGUUAUUUAUGGGAAAUAUUUAGAUUAGAACUUAAUGUUAAGUUAUUCUAUAAGCAAAGUGUUUUUGAAAGGAACGAAUGAAAUUUGAUUAUUUAAUAAUUAAUUUAUGAAUGAAUAAUGGAACCAGGAAUAUUCAUGUUUUUAUAAAUGAUAUAAUUUAUGUAUAAAAGUCUUUUGAUGGAAAUUAAAUAAUUUUACUGUGAUAUAUCAAGACUAUCCAUUUUAAGUUUUCAUAUACAUUGCAUAAAAUUUAAUUACAAAGCAUAAAAUCAUUAGACUUUACAUAUCAGUGUCAACUAAAAUGAAUAACUGAUUCAGAAUAUUUAAAUUUCUUAUAUGUUUGGUAAUCUCAUAUCCAUACUUUUGAAUUUCAUCAAAGCUUAAUAAAUAGGAAGUAAAAUCUGAAUGGCUAUUGAUCAAUAUAUGAUGAAAUUGUUUAAAUUAAUUUGAGUUAUAUUUUGUAUAAUGUUUCUGGUAUAAACUCACAAUUUCCUGGUAAAUCAUAACUCAAUAAUUAUUAUUCUACAAUGAAAUGUGCUCAUGAAUGUGCAUAAGAAGAUACAUAAACUUGAAGAAACUGAAGAGAAAUUCCAAUAAGAAGAUUCCAAAGAGAAGAAAUAGGUCAGACAGAGGAUCCCAGAAUAAAACAAAAAAAAAAAGGAAGAAGGAGUAGAAAUCGAUUGGAUGGAAUUUUGAUCAACAGAAAGCUAGUUUACCGCAACGUGAGACUUGCUUAGAAGUGACCCUGUGUACCGUUGGUUUUUAAGUUCAAGGUCCCUAUUCGAGGGAGUACUGGCUGCUCGAACGGAAGCAAUGUAUUUUCCUAUGAACUUAUAUAUAGAACGAAUCCAAUACGAAGUAGCUAAUAUAAGUCAGUCGGGCGAGUGACACCGGUAGUCGCGUGUACUGCAAUGACGAGAGCAUUCUCUUAAAGUGAUCCAAAUGACUUUGGGACGUGACGUGAUAAACGAAGAAAAGAGUGAGGCCGAGGUAUGACGAUUGGAACGUUCUGUCGAGGUGAUCAACGAUAGCAGAGAGUGUGUUCUUGUGUUACCGCGCAGUUUCUUCGUUAUUUUCAUCGCGGUCAAAAAGGGGAUACAUUCUUUUAGAAGCGAAUCAACGAUAAGACGUACAGAAGGGAUUAAAGACGAAGAUCGAGAUGAACGUUUCCGAGGAAAGGCCGCGUCGUUACUCGUUAACCAGUUUAAGAGAUCGUCGUCUGUCGUUUGACGAAAAUGAUUGUUGGAGCGCGAUGGAAGGAGACGGAGAAAUCCACGAGAACGCGGACGAAAGGAAAACGAAGAGGUUGACGAGUCGCGGCAGAAGAACCAGACAUUAUUCCUUAACGAGAUUGAAAAAUCGUCGAGCCAGCUUCAAUUUCGACGACGACGACAGAGAUUCCUCGAUGAAGACGUACAUUAGCGAUGCGGUUACCGAACAAAUGACCCAAACACUCAGGUUACCGAUCGCCCACGAAGGACGAAUCAAACAUUCCUCUAUGUCGAACUUGAACGACCGAUCGAACGAUCUUCUGCCCGCUAGGUUCGCCUCCACCUUCCGCUCAGUCAGAUAUCGACAGUCGAGUAAUUCGGAGAAGAUAGUGAUCAACGAUGCUCCUCUGAUCAAUUCCAGGAACGAUCAUGUGGAGAUCGACGCCGGUACACCGCCACCCGUCGACGAGUCCCUGUUCUACGACAACCUGGAUGUGCUAAGACAGGCGCAGAUCAACAGCAACGAUCUGCGGUCGAUAAUGUGGUCCAUCGUCACCACCGCCGAGAUGAAGCUGCUGCUGGAGCUGGAAAAGUGCAACGUUUUACCAGAAAUGCCUUCGGGCGAGAGGAUAAGGAAUAUAGCGUACAUGUGGUGCUGUUACCGAGGGCUGGCUCGCCUUCUACCGAAACUGGAAGACUUGGGAGUCAAGUGCGAAUACGUGGAGCCUUGCACUGGCAUGAACGCGAUCCUGACUGCAUCGCUGAGCGGCAACGUAGCUUGCAUCGAGCAUCUGAUCGAGAAGGGUGUCGAUAUCAAUUGCAGGAAUCCUAUCAAUCAUUACACGCCUCUACACUUUGCUGUGUUAGGGAACUCCGUGGACGCAGCGCGAGUGCUUCUAGAUAACGGCGCGAAGCCGAGUACCUGUCUUUAUCAAGAGAUGGUCGAGCCAGUUUUGCAUUGCGCCAUUAGGGCAGCAGCGGUGGAGAUCGUGGAACUGUUACUGGAACGAGGAGCGAGCGUCGUCGAGAAGAACCACACGGGUGAGACCCCGCUCCACGUAGCCUGCUUCGUCCAGUCCAUAAAAUGCGUAGAAUUGCUACUCGAAUCACCCGGUACGAAUAUCAACGCCGUGGAUAGGGCGCACAGAACACCCCUUCAUUUCGCUGUGAUGACCACGCAUUCGUCCGCUAAGCUGGUGGAGCUUCUGCUGAAACACGGUGCCCUGAUCAACGCCGCGGACAAGACCGGCUUCACUCCUCUUCACGUGGCAGCGCUAAACGAGCAGUCCCACUGCGUCGAUGUUCUAAUCUGGGCGGGCGCCGAUGUCAGUGCGACCACCAGCGCAGGACUGUCCGCGUUGAACAUUAUCCUCAGGAAGAUCCCCGAGUCUCUACAGGUGUUCCGACAGAGGUUGGACGCUUCGAUAACCCUCAGGAGACCAGUCCCCCAUAACAGGGAGUUCGAAAUGAGGCUGCAUUUCGAUCUACUCUUCCCCAGUGGUAAUCAAUGCGAGACCAGCUUCAUCAACACCUUCGUCCAGGAACGACGCAAGGAUCUGCUCUCCCAUCCGCUAGUGAUGGCCUUCCUCCAUCUGAAAUGGGAAAAGAUAAGGAAGUUUUAUCUGCUCAGGAUCAUGCUAUACGCUAUGACCGUCAUCUGCAUGACCACCUACGUCCUCACCGCGUUAGCCUACAAGUGUUACAACUACGACGAUGCGAGCAGCUCCAAGAUCUGCAGCAGCAAACGCAUCUCCGGCUUCCUCUUCAGAAGACCCGUCAUCGAGAUCCAGUGGUACCUACUCUUCAUCUUCACCUGCAUAUCAAUCCCCAGAAAGAUCUUCGGUUUCAUGGUCUACACCUCCGCGAAACAGUACUUCUCCAAUAUCGAUAACGUUCUUGACGGUGUGGUCAUCAUCAGCGUGUUCGUCACCUCGUUCAUCUACACCGGACGCACCUACGACUGGCAGAACUACGUGGGGGCAUUCGCGAUACUAUGCGCCUGGACAAACCUGAUGCUGAUGGUCGGCCAAUUGCCGGCAUUCGGCACCUACGUGGCAAUGUUUACCCAUAUACAAUUCGAAUUCGCUAAGUUAUUGCUAGCUUAUUCCGGACUGCUGAUAGGCUUCACCGUCAGUUUCUGCGUUAUCUUCGUCGGGGAACCGUCUUUCGGUAACCCGUUCACAGGGCUUAUCAAAGUGUUGGCUAUGAUGGCUGGUGAGCUGGACUUCGACAGUCUCAUCACUCAGAUCGAUCAGGGAUUAGAAUCCGAAGGACCUUUCGUCAUUUAUCAUCCUCUCUCCGUAUGCUCUCAAAUACUAUUCACUCUGUUCAUCGUGUUCGUCACGGUGAUCCUGAUGAACCUACUGGUGGGGAUCGCUGUCCAUGACAUCCAGGGCCUACGAAAUCACGCCGGGCUGACUAAGCUAGUCCGUCAAACGAAAUUGAUUCUAUUUACCGAAAUGGUCCUGCAUAAUAGUUCCAUCCCAUACGCUUUCCGAAAGUGGAUGUCCGAUCAUAAGAUCAACGUGGAGAACAGGAAAAGGGUUCUGGUGGUAAAACCUUUGAAUCCACUGGAGAAGAGGCUGCCCAAGGACAUCCUGAAAGCAGCCUACGAGAUCGCUCAGAAGAAUAUACCGUUUAUGAACGACGAUAAUGUCAGCCUGAGCGAUCACGUGAUGUGGAUGAGACAACAGACCGAGGAGUACUCAGAUCCUAGUUUGCAAAUGGUCAUCGAGAACCUGGCUAACAAAUUGCAAUCCUACGAGGACACGAUCAAGUCGCUGAAGGAGCAGCUGUUAGAUACUAAUAAGACGCUGGAAAGUGUUGUGAAAAGUCUGACGAAGGAAAAGAGUAACUGAGAUCUUCUAGGUUAUAUUUCCUUUAAUAUUUACGGAUAUGAGCGAAAAAGUUGAUGUUGAAGCAACCGUUUAUGGUGGGGGACCAACUGGACAAUCA